AUGGGCGGCAAGGUUUGGUCAGCCGAGGAGGAGCGUGUCUUCUGGCGUGUCAUUGUACCGCAGUCUCAGAAGCGCAUUGGUACUGGCCCGGCAGAAAUAAAAAACUGGGAGGAGCUCGCUCGGCUGAUGCAGUCCAUCAUGGGUACUGAGGCCAAGCGCACCUACACUCAUCUCGGUCUAUAUCUAGUCGAGCAUUUUUUUCAGAACGUGGAGAAGACCCGUGUCUCGCCGAACGCUAGCGUAUUCGUGCGCGAGUACCGUCAGGCCGCUGUGAGAGUCGGUAAGGCCGAGGAGGAAGAAAGGACCAAGAAGAUUGAGCUCGACUACGACAACGAUGACGUGGCGACCAUGGUCAACAAGAGACAGGACACCAACAGCCAGAAUGGAACAGACAUCGGUUACCACGCUAGCGAGGCCACUCGGGUCGAAGAUCAGUCCGGAGACGAAUUUGGGGACGAGGAUGGCACAGCUACGGGCAGAAUGGAGAAUUGGCCUCUCGGUCGAUUCCCAGUCGAGCGUGCUCAUCCCUGGGCUCCCACUUUCCCCUCCUACGGCCCCGCCCCCACGGCUGACAUGGGGUUUGACGAUGAUUGUGUUCACGGCAUGUCGUCCCAGGCAUCUUUAUCCGCCGAGAAUUCAUUUCUUAAAGAGACCCGAUGGCCUGACGCUCGAGCUCCGGCGGCGAAGAUGGGUUCCUACAAUGAGGUCGUUGGCGUGCAGAGCCGGUUGUCCACUGAAUGCUCGCCUUACGAGGAUGCCCCCUCGAGAGCUCCCAAGUACAGAAACAACCACCGAUCUCACCCGUACGAAGGCGCCAAGCUCAAGAGACGUGGCCGAAAUUUGAUGGAAGGUCAUUCCCGUGCUCAUUAUGAUGUCCCUCAAGGAGGCAUCACCUGCUACGCGGCCCUGGGCAGUCACAAUCCCGCCCAUCAUUACCACGCGCAACAUGAAUUUGGUCACCAGGCCCCUCUGAUGGAACGCUACGACUACGGCUAUCAUGAUAAACACCUUCAGCCGUACUCCGAGUAUCACAGCCACCCACAGUGCACUCAAUACCAUCCGGUGGGCUUCUAUGAUCGAGCUCCUAGUCUUCUUCACGACUCCCAGGGUUAUGCGUCUCGUCAUCCAAUGCCUUACGAGUUCUGUGACUCCCAGGAUUGGCCAUCGCCUGACCGCAAAUCUACUUUCAUGGCGGCCAACUACGAAAGCCCCGAUAGUUGUGGCUCAUCGCGAGUUGGCUACAACGGUCACAGUUCUGGUUCGGGAGCGGGCAACUAUGUACGCUCUGAGAGCCGACCUUCCUCUGGUCACGAUUACGAGUCGUUUAUAUCUGAGCAUCUCCAGCGCCCUCUGUCUUCUGCUUCAGGUAGCCAGCCGCUGGCUCUUCAGAACCAUCGUCAAGACAGUCACACCGGCAGCCACAUGAACAGCCCCCAUCUGUCCGCCAAGGAGCUCGAUAGGCUGCGAGUAAUUACACUUGACAAAGAGUUCGAGCCUUUCGAGACUUCCGCUCGGCACCAAACUUAG